AUGGGUAAUACUAUAUCUGUAGACAAGGAUUUUGAUUUUAAGGAUAUAUUUCCCACAUGUAUGAAUGAUUAUUAUAGUGCUACACAGGGUAUUAAUGAGGAAGAUUUGGAUAAACCUUUUGAGAAGCUUCAAGAAAAAAAAAAAUCCUAUUAUGAUUCUUGCACAGAAAUAGAUAAAAAAAUAGUAAAUUCACAAGGGACAUUUAUUGUUGAUUGCCAAAAUCUUAGCCUCUAUUUAGACCACAUAAAAACCAAUACACGUAAUAAUCAAAAAGCAUCAUGUAUAUAUUUCAGCUACAAGCUAAAAGAUUUCCUAAAAAGAAAAGGAGCAACUUGUGGGGGAGAAAAAAACUGUUAUGAAAUAAUGAAAAAUAAGGCAAAAAAUGAUCAUAUGGUUCUAUUCGACAUAUGCAAGGACCAUGUUGUUGAUAUUAGUGAUAGUACAUAUUACAUUAUGGAAAAAUUAAUACAUUUAUAUGAUCAAUGUUUAUUUUUAACUUAUGAUAAUGAUUGUAACUAUGGUAUUGAAUGCUAUGAAAUUUAUAGAGAUCUUUUGUUAAUAAGUCAAAAUGGCAAUAACAACAGUUUUAAGGAUGUUUUGGAAAAUUUUAAAGAUAAAUAUAACUCAGAAAUGAAGACAAGGACUGGAUGCGAAAGCGUUCCUAAAAUCCUACAUUCACAUUAUGGGGGAUAUGCACGCAAGGCCUUUUUAGCUUCAUUCCUUGUAAUUAUUCUUAUAUCAAUAACUACAUUUAUAUUAUAUAAGUAUACAAAAUAUAGUAUCUACUUACAACCAUUUGUAUUGAGGUUACAGAUUUUGUGGAGAAAUCAAGAUGGAGUAAGCAAAUUAAGUAAUUUAUUUGAAACAGAGAACACAAAAUUAACUCAUAAGUAUAAUAUACUCUAUAAUUCUUUAGAAUAA